AUGGAUUUGGGCUCAAACUUCUCAGCCAAACUUGAGCCCUUUUUGUUGAUGGCUAAAUCAGCAAAAGGUGCAGCUGCUGCAAAGCUCGUCCAAGACGCCACUUCUGCGCCUGGAGUCUUCGUUUUUGGGGAGUUGUUGGAUUUGAAUAAUAUCCAAGAGUUGGCAAAGAGCGAGCAGCACGCCAAGUUCUACUCCCUGCUCCAGCUCUUCGCGUACAAGACCUACCAGGACUACCUUCAGCACAAGGACUCGCUCCCCCCUCUCAACCCCGCCCAAAUCACCAAACUCAAGCACCUCUCCAUCGUCUCGUUGGCUUCUGAGCGCAGGAUCCUUCCUUACGCCGAUCUUUUGAAAGCUUUGGACGUCACCACCGUCCGCGAACUCGAAGACUUGAUCAUCGAUGCCAUCUAUCUCGACAUCUUGCAAGGCAAACUCGACCAGAAGCAUGAGCAGCUCGAGGUUGAGUAUACCAUGGGACGGGACGUCAACGUCGAGGAAGGAGGGCUGGAAGCCAUCUUGAACGCUUUGCAAACCUGGGCUACUACUACCUCCUCCGUCCUCUCCACCCUCGACACCAAACUCCAAGCUCUCUCCAACCAAGCCCAGCAGCGCCAACGCGCCCAACAAGAAUACGACGCGGAACUCCAAGCUACCCUGCGCGACGUCUCCGAGAAGCACGGGCACAAAGACCGCGAAGGAGGUGGAGGAGGGGGCUACGGCUCCGGUUUCGGUAAAGGCGUGCGCAAGAUGUUCGAUCGGGAUAGGGAGAACAGGGAUCGGGAGGCGUAUGAGGGUGGGGGUGGGGCGUUUAGUGGACAGGGGAGGACGCUGGGAGGUGCUGGGCCUAGUGGAGGUGGAAUGGGAAUGGAUAUCGAUGAUCCACCUGUUGAUAAGGAGAACGUUCGAGGUGGGAAGAAUAGAAAGGCCUCGCAAGAAUCGAUGUCGUCCAAGCCUUCGAGGAAGCGCAACAAGUUCUGAACUCCGAUGUCGACCAUGUCUCCCCCUCGAACGCCAUCCAUCGUUUGUGCAAUACCGCCAACGCGGUUGUAUUUUUAUCUCUGUCUUCCACCAUUAUCCCCUGUAAAACUCUGUAGACUUGUCCAGCAAUGACACACGGGUGUCUGAUCACUCUUUUUUGACCCAUGGGUUUCUGCCCGGUGGGUCUGGCUUCCA